AUCAGUAUCGAAACACGACGAGGCUUCACUCUCACUGCACUACUGCUCACUACUGUCUGGCUUUUGUUGUAACAACAGUUUAAGUGCUGUGUUUCCUGUUUAAGAAGACCCUCAGGCAGAAAAGGAGGACCCUGGCUUUAAGGAGGUCGGCUGACUUUGGUCCAACAGACAUGGAUAUGGAGGAGAGGGACUGCUCAGCUGGGGAGUAUUUUGUGCAGAGGAAGGUCCUAGAUGAGUUAUGUCUUGAUGAAGUGGCACAAAAGGGGACAUGGUCCACUGAGCCGACCCUGGGUGAACGGGUGAGAGAGUCUCUAAGGUGUUCGGUGGCCAGGCUGAAGCACACAGUGCUGAGCUGGGUCCCUGUUCUCAGCUGGCUGCCUCAUUACUCCAUCAGAGAAAAUGCCAUUGGGGACCUGAUCUCUGGCUGCAGUGUGGGCAUCAUGCAUCUGCCGCAGGGCAUGGCGUAUGCCCUUCUGGCUUCUUUACGCCCAGUGUUUGGUCUUUACACCUCCCUUUACCCGGUGCUGGUCUACUUCAUCUUUGGUACAUCCAGACACAUCUCCAUAGGUACUUUUGCUGUGAUCAGCAUCAUGAUUGGGAGUGUGACGGAGAGGCUGGCACCAGACAAUAACACUUCUGUAAAUGGCACUAAUGGGACAGAAAGUAUGGACAACGAUGCACUGGAUGCAUACAGAGUACAGAUAGCAUGUGCCCUCACUGUCUUGACUGGAAUCUUUCAGAUCAUGUUAGGUAUGGUGAGGUUUGGGUUCGUGGUCACCUAUCUUUCUGAGCCACUGGUUCGAGGCUACACCACAGGAUCAGCGUGCCAUGUAUGUGUCUCCCAGCUCAAGUACCUGUUUGGAGUCAAGCCGCAACGUUUCACUGGUCCGCUCUCCCUUAUUUAUACUCUGGUGGAUAUUUGCCGGCUGCUGCCUGAGACCAAAGUGCCAGAGCUGGUGGUCAGCCUGGUUGCGCUGGCUGUUCUAAUUGUUGUCAAAGAAGUCAAUGCCUGCUACAGACAGAAGCUGCCACUGCCCAUCCCGAUAGAAAUCAUAGUGAUCAUAGCGGCAACGAUUAUUGUCCACUUCUGUGAACUUCCGAGUAAAUACAGCAUUGAUGUGGUUGGAGAGAUUCCCAGUGGGCUCAAGGCCCCUCGUGCUCCAGAUGCCACAUUGUUCUCAAAGGUGAUAGGCGAUGCUUUUGCAGUGGCCAUUGUGGGCUACGCCAUCAACAUUUCUCUGGGCAAAACAUUUGCCCUCAAACAUGGCUACAAGGUGGAUAGCAACCAGGAGCUGGUUGCUUUGGGUCUUUGUAACACUGUUGGCGGCUUUUUUCAGUGUUACUCUGUGACUUCCUCUUUGUCUCGCAGCCUUGUCCAGGAGAGCACAGGGGGCAAGACACAAGUUGCAGGAGUGAUUUCAUCCAUCAUUGUGCUGAUCACAGUUUUGAAAAUAGGCUCUCUCUUUUCAGAUCUCCCCAAGGCUGUCCUAUCCACCAUCGUGUUUGUGAAUCUGAAAGGAAUGUUUAAGCAGUUCAUGGAUGUGCCGAUGCUGUGGAGGACCAACAAAGUUGAUCUGCUGGUGUGGCUGGUAACAUUCAUAAGCACCAUCCUGCUCAACCUGGACCUGGGUCUGGCUGUCUCCAUCGGUUUUAACAUGCUCACUGUCAUCUUCAGGACACAAAUGCCCCGCUACUCUAUCCUGGGCCACGUGUCAGGCACUGGCCUGUAUCUGGACACUGAGACCUACAAGGAGGCUAAAGAGAUUCCAGGAAUUAAAAUCUUCCAUUCAUCUACAACUAUCUACUACACAAAUGCUGAGAUGUACUUGGAGGCCCUGCAGGAGAAGAGUGGAAUUGAAAUCGGGAAGCUGCUGACGGCGAAGAAGAAGCGAGAUGCAAAGCUGAAGCGUAAACAAGAGAAAGAGAAAAAGAAAGCUCAAAAGGAAGCGAAGAAACAAAUAAAAGCAGUCACCCAUGUGUCCAAUGGCACAAUCUCAGAGAUGAAGGAGAGGAAAGUCUCUGCAGGACUGAAUGGUCAGAGUAAGGGAAACGUUCUAGCCUUAAGCCUAAAAGAAACCACUGCGAAUGGUCUCAGUAAAGGACAAGUAAACUGGGCUUACCAGCAUGACACAACCAUGUCAGACUCUGAUUCAGACACGGGUUGCCAUGGUGAUGACAGCAUCACCCAGGUGUCGCACCACAGUGAUGACGAAAAAGGAAGGGCCUGCGGAUCAGGAACACACAGCAUCAUCUUGGACAUUUCAACGACCAGCUUUGUGGACACAGUCACUGUAAAGACCUUGAAAAAUAUAUUCAGGGACUUUGGAGAGAUUGAUUUGGACAUCUAUCUAGCAGGCUGCCAAGCAUGUGUCGUGGAGCAGCUGGAAACUGCAGGUUUCUUCUCAGAGUCCAUCCCAAAGAGCCGGCUGUUUGUCACAGUUCACGACACAGUGCUUCAUAUUCUCAGGAAACAGGGACAGACUGACGUUGUACUUGAUGUGUCCUGCAGCACUCAGAUGUGACCAGCAGGGGUCAGAUGGUUCCAACUCUCGCCAUCUUCCUCCUCCUCCUCUUUAUAGGCUUCUCCAUUGCUCAUCAUUGUCUCCUCCCCUUUCAGUGGGGGAGAAUGCACCACCUUGACAUGGCGGUUGGUUGCCAUAGAAAUACAGGGAGCGGUUGCUGUGGCAACAGGCUUUUUAUGAUAUCGUCUAAUGAGAUAGCCAGCAAUACGUCAUUGCAGCUCUCUGGCUGUGAGAGACAGAGAAUGGGCGGGGGCUGAGUGGGAGAAUGUAACACUGGACUAAUAGGAGUCUGUAUUUAUAGCCUGUGUGAGAGAAUAGAGAGGGAGUGAAAGGUUGACUGUAAGGGGAAGCUCAGAUGCAAGUGUUGUUGCGCGCAUGUCCGUCAUUCUAUAUUAUGCACCAAUGCGUGCCUUCCACAAAAAAUCAAUAAAAUGUAAAUAUUUGUUAUUGAGAUGUCCGGGCUAUUCCCCCUUGGAGAGUUUUGCCCUUACAUUACCACUCAUUGGCUCCAAAAGCAUUCAAGAUUGAGCUAAAUUGCAGAUAAGUUGCAUUAAAAUGAGCAGCAGCUUUUAAACACAACGUUGGUGUAUAAAUAGUCAGUAUUCACACGUCUGACUCCUCUGACAUGUUGAGCUUCGCUCUAUUUUUGGGACCCAGUGUCCAGUGUUAUCAGCUGCUAUCAUGACUAUCUGAGGAUAAACACUGUGUUGUAAUAUAGUCUAUUAUGUGAACCACCAAAAAAUAUUUGCUCUCAUCCAUACUUUUUUAAAAUUGUUAUAAUAUGUUAAAAUUACUUUCAAAAAUGUAUGUGAGAAAUAUAUUCUUGUGCUUAAAAGCUCUGCAAGUAAGGUCCAGUUAUAAGAACCAGUGUUUAAACUGGAAAUAGUUCCUACACAUUUUCUAUCCUUGAAUUUGUCCACACAAUUUCCAUGACUUUAUUUAAGUAUUUUAGCCUUUUGAAACCUCAGUAAAUUGCCUUGAUGUCUUUCAAAAAUAUGGAAAGAAGGUAAUGAGCAACACAAGAAAGAAUUACCCCAAAACUAGCAAAAAAUUAGUAAGUACACAAAACUUACCUGUAAAUUAGUUAGGAACAAAUAAAAUAAAACAAACAAAAGAAAAAGAAAGUUUAACA